AUGGAUAGAUCAUGUUUAUCAGCAAAUAGAAGAACGAAAGAAUUUCAGAAAGGGGUUGAAGAUCUAUUAAUGGUUGCAUUUGAGAAUGGGUACAGCGAAGAAAAGAUUAGUUGUCCAUGCUUAAGGUGCGCUCAAACAAUAUGGCAUGGGGAGGCAACUUUAGUUGAUAGCCAUGAACAAGAGGGGACUGAUGGUUCAGAAGCUAGUUUUACUCAAGUCCCUACAAGUAUGGGUCAAUCGGACAAUGAUGACGAUGAUAUUUCUUCGGAUACUUCAGAUUUCCUCAACCAUGUUAAAGGUGAACAACAACCCCUUUAUCCAGGAUGUAAGAGUUACACCAGGAUGAAAGCUUUAGUUAAGUUAUACAACUUGAAAUCGAAGCAUGGUAUGUCUGAUUCAUGCUUCUCUGAUGUUCUACUAUUGAUUGGCUCUAUGCUUCCGGAGGGCAACAAUUUUCCUUCUUCUUUCAGUGAAGCGAAGAAAACCUUAUGUACCUUAGGAAUGGGGUAUGAAAAGAUACACGCAUGUCCGAAUAAUUGUCUAUUAUACCGGGGCCAGAGAGAUGAAGACGAGUCUACUUGUCGCAUUUGUAACGCCUCGAGAUGGAAAUUGAACAAGAAAGGCGAGGAACAAGAUGGAAUCCCUACUAAGGUUCUAUGGUAUUUUUCGUUGCUACCAAGAUUAAGAAAUUUUUUCAAUACACCUCAAAUAGCAAAGGACAUGACUUGGCAUGAUACCAGGAGACAAAAGGAUGGUAAAAUGAGGCAUCCAGCUGACUCGGAUACAUGGAAGGAUGUCGACCAAAAGUGGCCUGAUUUUGCAUCAGAGAGUAGAAACCUUCGGUUAGCUCUCUCCGCGGAUGGUUUCAACCCUUUUCGUGGAAACCGUACUGAUCACUCAAGUUGGCCGGUUUUCCUAUCAAUUUACAACCUUCCGCCAUGGCUUUGUAUGAAAAGAAGGUUUAUUAUGCUCUGCUUGUUGAUAUCAGGACCGACUGAAGCUGGAAAUGAUAUCGACGUGUUCCUUAAACCACUCAUAGAAGAUUUGAAGGAGUUUUGGCGCGGUAAACAGGUAUACGAUGCAUUUCAGAAAGAGCCUUUCAUACUUAGGGCCAUUUUAUUGUGGACAGUAAGCGAUUAUCCGGCCUUAGGGAACUUGUCUGGAAAUGUCGUCAAAGGGUAUAAUGCUUGUACCAUAUGUGUUGAUAAAACCAAUGCUACUAGGUUGGAUAAUUACCGUAAGACAGUUGUCAUGAGGCAUCGAAGGUGGUUGCCUCUUCAUCAUCCGUAUAGAAGGACCCAACGCCAACCUCUAUGGAAGAAAGGUGAAGCUCGACCUGUUUGGAAGAAGGUUUCUAUAUUCUUCCAACUCGAAUAUUGGAAAUUUUUGCCGGUUAGGCAUGUUCUUGAUGUGAUGCACAUCGAGAAGAAUAUAUGUGAAGCGUUACUUGGAACUUUGUUAAAUAUUCCAGGGAAGACAAAAGAUAGGGAGUCUGUCCGUAUUGACAUGGCUGCUAUGGGAAUAAGAACAGAGUUGAGGCCGAAAAAUCCUGGGAAAAAAUAG